AUGGUGACUCGCGAGGUGCGGAUCAAGCAGGGCUGGCUGCAGGGCCUGGUGAUGGAGCUGCAGAGCCCGAACCUCGGCCCCGUGGACGCCUUCCUGGGCGUGCCGUACGCGCUGGCGCCCGUCGGCUCCAAGCGCUUCGUGCCGCCGUCGGCGCCGCCGCCGUGGGAGGGCCUGCGCGAGGCGUUCAGCUACGCGCCCGUCUGCCCGCAGCGGCCACCCAACAUGCAGGACGUCAGCGACGAGCGCUACAACUACCUCAAGCGCCUGCUGCCGUACCUCUCCAACACCAGCGAGGACUGCCUCUACCUCAACAUCUACGUCCCGCAGCAAGGUAGGCACGCGCUUUCGCACCACCGACUGCCGGGCACUUAA